GCGGUUGCAGGAUGUAAUGACGAUAUGGAACAGCAUAAUAAACUUCCCAGAAGUGUGGGGGAUUACAUAAAACCGUUUAGUUUACUGACCAGCGGAAGAGGUUGUAGAAUCGACCUUAAUACGCAUCUCCUUCUAGUUUGAACCCUCCAUACCCAUACAGGCACAGACUACGACCUCCUACUACAUACAACAUGGUCAACAGCCCCCGCAUCCCAUCCGUAGCGUCUAAGGUGUGCACAGCCCUCACCCCCCGUCCUCCUCUCCCGUGCCUGCUGCCCCUCCAGUCCGUCUGGCAGCCGGUCGCUUUCCCCACGCCCGGGUACAUGCGGUCCCGUUUAUACGGCUCGUCGCCUACUCCAGGAACUCAGUCGUCGACGAAGGACCACGCGGUUGAUCGAGCGAAGAGGGGAGACACUACAGAUCCGACGACGGAUGCGGCUGCUGCAGGCAUGAAAGAGAGAGAGGAAAAGGAGGGCCAGGCGGAUAGAUCGAAGUCGCAGGCGACGACUCAGCGGCAGGGUUCGCAGGAGGCGGACAAGGCGAAGAAGGAACAUCCUAAUGCGCCGAGUCCGAUUAUUGGGAUGAAUGAUGAGAGAGGAAGGAAGGGUCAGUGAUGCAGCUACGCUUUCCCUCCAAUGUCGCCAAAUAUUGAUGGGUCGGUUUGGAUGUAUAUGCGCAGGCGAGACGCCAUGAAGAUUACGUCAUUGCGGUCAUUGUUUCAUUAACAAUCAUAUUAACUGUACAUAGGAUGGGUGGCUCUUCACCGUCCAGGUUUGAAUGAGAGAACCUAAAAUUGGUUAGCCAUUAGUGCCAAAAGCAAAAGAUGAAAAGUUGACAA